CUAUGUUGCGGAAUGUCACCACUCUAGGGAAAAUAAAAAAAAUAAAAAUUAGUCAUGGCGGAUCUAAAGAAUGGGAAGGACGUGUCAAACGUCGGCGAAGGUGACUCUGUUUCGAAAGAUGUUGUUUAUCUCGAGGAAACAUUUUACAUUCUUUCUAAAAAGAACUCAGUAUUUCGUGUUCGGUUGACUCCUAAAGGCUUGUCUCUAACAAAAGAAACAGAUGGCAAUUCAAAAGAACAAACUAUAUUGCUAGCUGAUAUCAUUGGCAGCAAAUGUAUGAGGAGCAAACGACGACGCCCUGGAGCCGGCUCAUGUGUCUGCAGUUCCUUCGUUGGUAACCAGCUUAAAGUUGUAGAUGAAAACAGUGGCGAUCUUGAUGAAAACGAUAUCAGCGCCUACCUGUACAUUUAUGCUUACAUACUGAAAAGAAGUCGACGUACCUUGAAAAGAGAGAGGACAACAAUAACACUGCGCUUCAGGUCUUUUGAUAAGUAUGAAGAUAAUAAUAAAGAAGCACAGAAAUGGAGGACUACAAUAAAGUGUUUGAUUGCGCGCCAGCCGAUAACGUCCUCGCCGCCGACUAACGAAAAAAAGAUACUUGUGCUUCUAAAUCCAAAAUCUGGGCCGGGUAAAGCUAGAGAGCUGUUCCAGUCGAAAGUAGUGCCCAUUUUGCAGGAAGCUGAGGUUCCGUUCGACCUUCAUGUCACGAAGUAUGCUCAGUACGCGCGGGAGUUUGUGCGCACUAGGAAUGUGUAUGGUUGGCGCGCUAUUGUGGCUAUUGGCGGAGACGGCGUACUGUUCGAGGUGAUGAAUGGCAUGUUUGAGAGACUAGACUGGCAGCAAGCUCUAGCUGAAGUACCAUUAGCCAUACUACCCUGUGGCUCAGGCAAUGGAUUGGCAAGGACUAUAUGCCAUCUGUACAAUGAACCGUACAUUCCUCAGAACCUGACUGGUAUAACGAUGGGAAUAGUGAAGGGCGAAACAGCACCUAUGGAUGUUGUUCGAAUCGAAACAAAGUCCAGUAUUAUGUUUUCGUUUCUUUCCGUUGGCUGGGGCCUCCUAUCAGACAUUGAUAUCGAAAGCGAAAGAUUACGAGCGAUCGGUGGCCAAAGGUUCGCCGUCUGGGCACUAGCCAGACUCGUCGGACUGAGAAAAUACAAAGGUGUAGUGAGUUACGCGAAAAUUAAGGAUGUGAGCAAUCUACCAAAACCAAAACAACCGCUCACCCUCAGUCAUAGUAUCAGUCAGGACGGUGCGCUCGACUCCCCUGAUGCGGAAGCGUUCAUUGAUGCGGAUGAACAUUCCGAAGUGUUCGUGAACGCUAUUAGCGGGAAACAACAUCAGAGGGUGGAUUCGUGGUACUCGGUAAACUCACGGAGGAGCGCGUUCUACAGUACCCGCGGGUCGGAGUACCACAGCGUGACAAGUAGCGGCUCGGAGAUGCGGUCGCCGGUGCACGCGUGCAUGCACGGGCCUGCAUCUCACCUGCCCUCACUCAUGUCGCAGCUACCCGCGCACUGGGUGCACGAGCACGGAGAGUUCGUCAUGGUGCACGUGUCCUAUCAACCUUACAUUGGUGAAGACUUUUUAUUUGCUCCGCGAUCGCAGCUGUCUGAUGGAGUCAUGUGGAUGUUAAUCAUCAAAGCAGGGAUUUCUCGAUCUCAACUACUCUCGUUCCUGAUGGGCGUGGGCCAAGGCACGCAUGCCGAUAUGAACAAUGAAUACAUUAAGAUGGUUCCUGUCAGUGCGUUUAGAAUAAUUCCGGAGGGUACCACCGGCAACAUCACCGUCGACGGUGAAAUUGUCGAAUACGGACCCAUACAGGCUGAAAUAUUUCCAAACAUAAUUAAUUUAUUAGUGCCAGAAAUGAAAUAACGCCGCGUAAAUAAGUAAAAGGUAUUCUUAAAAUGACUGAUAUAAUUAUUUGAACCAUAACCGAGCCGAUGCAUGUGCAAUAUAUGGGAACAUCACGAUUCCGAGCAAAGGUGUAAAUUAAUGGUUGUGUGAGAGAUAUCUUAUUAUAUUGUUAAAUACUUACCAAAAGUUAUUGAUUGCGGUGGCAAUUGAGUUGAUCAUUCCAUGAAUGUUGUGAUUUAUGUUAAACAUUUUUUUUGUUAUGGAUUGGUUCAAAAACUGAAAAUGUGAUAUAAUUUUGUAAGUGAAUUAAGAGCCUAAAUAUGAGCAAAUAGCUGCUAGUCCAGGCUUACACUUCUACAAUGAAUUAGUGCCAAAUGUUAGCACUCUAAAUACAUCAUUUUAAAUUGUAAUGAGGAAUUGAUCAUUCACAGUACUUGCUCAAUUGUAGAGCAAUUGUUUGCACUUUUAUUCCUACUUAGGAUAUUUAUUGUUUCAGCAAUCGUGUUACUUAUAACUAUUUUAAAUGUAAAAAUGUAUUAAGUAAUAGUAUGUAGCUCAAAGCAAACUAUAUUAAUUAUGUAAUACUUUAUAAUAGCAUUUUAAUGAUAAAGAGAACAUAAUUUACGCUCUCUUGGUAACAUUUAGAAUAUUUUAGAAAAUCUUACUUUUAUGUUAAAGUAAUUUUUCAAAUCAACUUACUGAAGCUGUUGCAUGCUUUGUAUAAUAGUUAUCAUAAGAGUUCAAAAUGAAUCAGAUAAUUAGUAAAUACAAAUAUAACUUGCCAUACUUAUGAAGUUGAAGUUAUAACUUGCCUUUUGGUGUUAUGGACAUAGGGAUGGGGAGCAACUCUUUUAUAUAAUUUAGUUUAUUUAUUAACGUUAAACUGGUUUGGGACUGCUGGUAUAACUUAAUGUAAUUUAUUUAGCAGUAUUAAUUAAUUAUUAUUAUAGCAAUUAUGUUUUCUGUGAUAAUAACUAUUCUGCCAUAUUUCAUAAACAUUGAUUACAUGAGAACUGUCUAACAAAACCCCAUAGAAUGAAAAGAAAGAUUAAACUUUGUGAUAAUUCCAGUUUUUUAUACUUUGAAAUAUAUUAUGUCCAUUUUUAAAUAUAAAGAUGUAAUGUACAAAAGUAAGUGCUGCUGUUGUCUAUAGAGUUAGAGUAUUACAGAAGUAAGGUUCCGUGUACAUAUCUAGUAGCAUUGUUUCAGUGGUAUUGUCUAUGACUAGUUCUUCUCUGCACAAGACAAUUAUUUUAUGUAUCAACUUAUAGUGUUCAUUUGCACAUUAAAAUAAAAUAUUACUUAAUAUUAUAGUUGUUUGUUACCGGACAAAUUUUGUGCAUUCCGUAAUUUUAGGUGUCUUUGGGCUUUUUAAUACUUAUUCAAGUGUAAGAAUUUUAGAUUUAAAUACAGUAGCAUAUUAGCAAAUUUUUAAAGAGUAAUGUUGUGAAUAAAAGUUAUAUAAUUUUCAAUUUUAUGAAACUGUUGUCAAUAAAUGAUCAUUUCAAAGC